GGGUGGUGUGCAUGUGAAUCAUGCUCGUUGGUGCGGUAUACUGUAUCUCGAUCCCCUGAAUUCUCCAGGAUUGCGCAAUUAUUAAAUGUUGUCGUUGUGUGAAUUCUGAGAGGGUUAACUGAGACGAGAUUUUCGUUGUUUGCGUAGGAUGUGUUGAGUGAAGGUACAGUAUGAGGUGGCGCCAUGCGUUGAUGAAUGAUGCCCAUCGUCGUGAAAGAAACAGAGAGCGUGUGAUGUAACUCGAGCAUGAUUGCCAGAAGCGAGCCUCGAGGGAGAUCGUAGUGGGCUGAUCUAUCGACAGGUUUGUCUGUUCAGCUUUUGCUUCCGAAGCCUGAGAUAUGUGUGUACAGUGCAGUAUUUACGGAUGACGGCAAGCUUUUCAAUUUAACGGAUUUUUCUUCACCAGAUGCACUUGUUCGCGAUCAGAUGGCUCAGUUUCUCAGGAAAAUGUUAAGCCUCCUGCGUGAAUGAUUUACAUGAGUAUUCCUCUGGAUAUUUUUGCCGAACGUGAGAUUACCAUCCGUGACUCAGCCCCGGCUUAUUUUAUUUCAUUCUUUGUGACCAAGAUACGCGUGUUAUCGGCGAUAAUUUAUUUGCUUCACAUUCUUACGCGAAUGCAAUGCGCAGUGCCUGUUACUAAAAAAAUAUUUGAAUUCUUGCAGGUGUGUGCCCGAAGUAUUGCGGCAGCUGUAUUUGUGCCGUGCUUGGAACAGUUACCAAAUAGGAUUUUCCGAAGAUGACAUCAUUGGUCGAUUCAUCAAUUGAUGCCAUUUCUGAAGCUGAAUUUCAGGAUCUCAAAGUGACCUGCAAAACGAAAGAGGCAACCGUUUCUUUAGAGGCGAAAAGUGAACUCAUCAAUUCAAUUUUGAAGGAAGUAGAUCUGUUCGAUCCCCUGGAGCUGGAAGGUUUGGACCCGAAAAAUUCUUUGGGGCUCUAUCGCCCUGUUUCUGGGAACGAAAAACUUACGUUACGGCCGCUGAAGUCCGGAGAUUUCCAUCGCGGCUAUGUCAAGCUUUUAUCUCAACUCUCCUUGGCUGGGGACAUCGAUGAAGACAAGUUCCUAAAUGCCUUCAGUCUUAUGAAGCGGUGUCCCGAAACUUAUUACGUCUACGUGGUGGAAUCGCCUGCGGAUGGCGGCCGUGUCAUUGCAACUGCCACCGUGAUUAUGGAGCAAAAAUUUCUCCGUGGAUGUACGAAACGGGGAUUUUUGGAAGAUGUGGUUGUCUGCGAUUCGCACCGAAACCGACAACUGGGGAAAUUUAUGAUUGCAGUUGGACAAGAGCUUUCGAAAAGGAAGAACGCAUACAAAUUCACGUUGAAUUGUAGGGAUGACAUGGUGCCUUUUUAUGCAAAGCUUGGAUUCGUUUCAGAACCACAGAAUGAUAAUUUCAUGAGCAUGCGGUUCGAUACACGUCCAAACCCUGUGUGAAUCUCUUUUGUUAUCGUCAAUUUGCAAUCGUCUUGAUAAGAGAACAAAGAUAUUCUAGGAGAAACGUAUUUUGGGUUCGAUUGAAAUGAAAGUUUGUUGGGGAUGACUUCCGGAUGUGAUUCAUAUGCCAUGCUACUGAGUGGUGGAUUGUAUCUGAUCGUGAUUCAGUUUGAUUCGCUUUUCAGACUUUUUUACCAUGCCGUCUGUAUUGAUGGCAGAACUUCAAGCAUUCGAAUCUCCAGUCAAGGAACCCUGGCCAGAUGAUGUGGAAAUGUACGUGACGCAUGAAGUGGAGCAAAUCCUUCUUCCCGAAAGUUCGUCAUGUCUUGCAGUGCAGGCUUUCUUCAGGAUGUGUGGACUGCGUUACAAAUUGCAAAUGAGAAUAAAUGCCGAGAGUAUGUCGCCGUCGGGAAAAAUUCCCUUCAUUCGGUGUGGAAAAGCGGUUGUAUCAGAACUCGAUCCAAUUGUUUCGUUUGUCGCGCACAGGGGGAUAUCAUUAACGACCGAAUUGUCAGACGUGGAGAAGUCUGACAUGAGAGCUUACAUGUCUCUAGUCUACAAUGUUCUCGGCAAUGCGGAGCAACAUUUGAUGUGGUGUGAUCGAGUGACGUUCUUGGAAGUCACGUACCCGAGAUUCACGUCUGCAUUUCCCCGUCCGUUGGGUGGGAUUUUGUGUUAUUUGCGCCAGAGGAAGAUGCGAAAGAAGUUGCGAGUGAUAGAUUGGGAAAGCAAGGAUUUGGAGAAGGUUUACAGUGAAAUCGACAAUUGUUGCCGAGUUUUAUCAGAGCGCCUCGGGUCUCAAAAGUAUUUCUUCGGGAACAAGCCUACAGAACUUGACGCGUUGGUUUUUGGUCACCUGUUCUCCCUCCUCACCACGCAUUUACCGGAUUCUCGGCUGUCCGCUGUCGUGCACACAUACGAUAACCUCGUGGAGCUAUGUAGUACGGUGGAGAACGAAUUUUUCCAGCGGAUUGAGGGCUCUGUCUCGCUCAAGUGAUGCUCUGAGUGUAUUAUUUAGUCGUCGAAGGAGGUUGAGUAAAGCAGGUUCUUCUUAGGGC